AUGUCUAAGAAAGUUCAAAACGAGUUAGUCGAAAUUAUCUCAAGCAAAGUAUCCAAAGAUUGCUAAAUUCAAAAAGUAUCAAUAAAGGAAUUGAUCAAGUUAAUGUUCAGCUAGAAAAAACACUUCAAAAAUUUUGAGUACUUAAGUAGUGGCGCUUAUGCUCUUGUCUUAAAAGCUUAGAAUUCUUAACAAAAUCGCCAAGUAGCUCUCAAAUUCUUAGAAAGUACCAACAAAGAGGACAAGGAUGGUAUCGAAUCUAUGAAAAAAGAGUAUGAAAUGCUUCAAAAGUUUAGCCAAUCAGAAUGUUUAGUAAAUGUCUAUGAUUGUUUCUAUUUAAUGGAAGAAAAAGAUGAUGGAAACGACAUUAUCGUUUAAACUGAAAACAAGUCCUACUUUGUAAUGGAAAUGGAGCUUUGCGAGAAUAAUCUCAAAUAACUCUUUGAUUUCCUCAGAAAAUUUUAAGUUCCACAUCAGAAAAAAAUAAAGGAAAUAAUAGCCAUUCAAAUGAUAGAAGGGUUGAAUAACCUUCAUGUCAAAAAUAUUAUGCACAGGGAUAUUAAACCUUAAAAUUUCUUUGUUUGCGCCUCUAAGGAAUAUGGUUUCUCAGUCAAACUUUGUGAUAUUGGCUUUGCAUCAGCUGUGUCUAAAUCAAAAAGCUUCAUGUCAAAGAAAGGAACUGAUGCAUAUUUUGCUCCAGAAGUGGAAGCAGGACAAUCUAGAAUUCAGUCAGAUCUCUUUUCACUAGGACUCGUUUUAUUAGAGCUUGACAAUCUCAAAACUCUAAAUGAGAAUUGGAUAGAUACUAAAACAAAAAAUUAUCUAUUCAAUGGAGAAGAAAUACCUAAUGAAAAAUAUUAGAUAGAUAAGAAUUCUAAUAUUUACAAAAUAGCUAAAAUAUGCUUAAAACCUUGGUAUUUAGACAGGACUACAACAGGAGAAUUACUAUCUUAGCUAAUCUAAAUGCAUGGUUAACCAUUGAAAUUUGUAUUGACUUCUAUGAUACUAGAGGAAUAAAUACCUAGAUAGGCACAGUAAAUAUUUGAAAAAAUUAAUCAACUACAAAAACAAACGCAAAAUUAAUUCGACGAGUAUGCUAAGUUUAUUCUAGAGAACACCAAUGACAAAAUUAAACAAAAAGAUUUUCAAGCACAAUUUACAAAAGUGGAAGUAUUAUCUAAUCUGCUGAAAAGUCUCUAUGAAAAUAAAAAAUAUACGAAUAAUUUUCAAAUUCUAAGCUUUGGAAGCUUUGGAAUGGUAUUAGCUACUAAAAAAGCUAAACUUGAUAAAAAAGAAAUAGUGUUAAAAAUACAAAAAAUAGAAGAUGAAUAACAUAUCUAAAAUGAAAUUAGUAUUAUGUAGAAAUUAAAAGAGCCACUAGUGGUAUAGCUUUAUGAUAGCUAUAUAAUAGAGAAUAAAAUAGGACCUGAUAGAUACUCAGUCUUUGAAUUAGAAAAAUGCUCAUGUUCGUUAGAUGAAUAUCUUGAUAGAUAAAACAAAGAUGGAUAAUUUAACGACGAUGAUAAAUAUUAAAUAGCGAUCUAAAUUAUAGAUUCUGUUAAUUAUAUUCACUCAUUUAAUAUCAUUCAUAGAGAUAUUAAACCAGAAAAUUUUUUGGUUUAUUUAGAUGGAAAAUAACCAGAAAUAAAAUUAUGUAAUUUCGGCUUAUCUGCUUAGAUUCCAGAUAAUAAAGAUUCAAUUCAAGCUAUAGAAAGCAUAGGUAAUUUAGGAUAUUCAGCACCUGAAAUACUAAAUAAAUAGGAUAAUGAACUUAAGAUUUAUUCAAAGAAAUCUGAUUCAUAUUCAGUAGGAUUAUUACUAGCUUUUUUAGAUAAUUAUUAAGAUCUGAAGAAAAAUGCACCUUUUACUUUCUUAUUAAUGACAAAAAAGCAGUUCGAUAAGCCUUUCGAAAAAUCUAAGAUUAAAAUUAACAAAAAUUCAGAAAUUUAUAAAUUUAUUAACCUUCUUGUUGUUUCUGAUAGUGGUUAAAGAGCAUCUCUGUAUGAUAUUGUUGAAUAAAGCGAUACAAAAUUCUUAACUAAUUCAAAAGAAAUGAAAGAAAUUAGAUCUAUAAAGGAUUUGAGCAAAGCUUAAAAUUACAAUAUUGUCACAAUAGAUUUAAACGAUAAUAGUAUUGGUGCAUAGGGUGCAAAAGAUUUAGGCACAGGAAUAGCGUAGUGCAAGAAUAUCACAAGUUUGACACUUUAUUUAA